AUGGCCUCAGUGCCAGCAACCCAACACGCCGACCCGGAAUCCCUCUACACCAAACAGGCAUGCAUAGGAGGAGGAAGCUUCGGCAAGGUCUACAAAGGCGUCGACAAGCGCACGGGACAGAGCGUCGCCAUCAAGAUCAUCGACGUGGAGAAUGCCGACGAUGAGGUGGACGACAUCAUCCAGGAAAUCUCCAUCCUCGCCGGWCUGAACUCGCCCUAUGUCACCAAAUACUAUGGCUCCUACCUCAAGGGCUCCGAUCUGUGGAUUAUCAUGGAGUUCUGCUCCGGUGGCAGCUGCGGCGACAUGCUCAAGCCUGGUGUGCUGUCCGAGGACUACAUCUGCAUCAUCAUCCGGGAGCUGCUGAUGGGCUUGGAAUAUCUUCACAAUGAUGGAAAGCUACAUCGAGACAUCAAAGCUGCCAACAUCCUCCUCGGCGCAAACGGGCAGGUCAAGCUGGCCGACUUUGGUGUCUCGGGACAGCUGACGGCCACCAUGACCAAGAAGAAUACCUUUGUGGGCACGCCCUUUUGGAUGGCUCCGGAGGUGAUCAAGCAGUCGGGGUAUGAUCACAAAGCCGACAUCUGGUCAUUGGGAAUCACAGCACUGGAAUUGGCGUUGGGUGAGCCGCCGUACAGUGAUAUUCAUCCCAUGAAGGUCCUAUUCCUAAUCCCGAAAAAUCCGGCUCCCGUCUUGGAAGGAAGCUUCAGCAGAGAGUUCAAAGACUUUGUCGGACGAUGUUUGCGGAAAGAGCCUCGGGAACGGCCGAGCGCGCGUGAUCUGUUGAAGCAUCCGUGGAUUCGAAGGGCGAAGCGGACGGCAUACUUGACGGAGCUGAUUGAGCGGCACGAGCGAUGGCAGGCGACGCAUCGUGACGACAAGGACCAUGACGAUGAUGAUGAUGCAUCGAACUACUCUCCAACACGGGACAGCGAUCAGGAGGACCUUUGGGACUUUGGGACCGUCAGACCAGUUGGGAAGCGCGCACACGCUCCUCCUGGACUGAGACCSAUGAACGAGUCAGGAAUGAAUGCUCGUAGCUCGCAGCUCCCACCGUCGCCCACCAAACGUUCGCUUUCAAACAAGGAGAAUGCAUGGGAUGAGCCUACUGAGCAUAUCCCACGCGGCAACACUAUUCGAAGCUCAAUGCUGCCUCCGCCUCUACCCAAGACACCCUCGCCGAGUAAAAAGUCGGCUCCACCACCGUCUCCUGGAUUCGCAGCCAGAGUUCCUCUCCCGCCUACACCAGUCCGCAAACCAGUCACCGUCGCCCAAACUCCACCACACUCACCGCAUCGCGAAGUACACCCCUCUCCACAGCCACCAGCAACACCACAAACACCACGACUUCUCAAUGAUGAUUUCCUCCAGCAAUCCAUCGCCAGCGACAUGUCACAGUAUAUGAAAGGUCUAACCUUGAAAGAUGGUCCCAUUCCCGCACCGAAACUACAACACACCGCGUCCAUGCCAAUUGCUGGGAUGAACGGUGCCACCUCUUCCUCCCGUCCUUCGGCUGCUGUCCCAGUCAGCUCCACGACAACGAAUGAACUGUAUCAGAAACCACUUCCAAGCUUUGCACCUCCUCCCACGUCAGUGAGGCACGAACAACGACCCGCUCAACUCACAAGAGGCUAUAGUGAACCACGCUCCUCCUCAGAAUCUGCAMGCAGUGUCGAGACAUGCUCAACCAAGCUACCGGCAUACCAACCCCAGCAAACACCACCGUCUCAUGAAUAUGGAGGCGAGCAACCAAUCACAGCCCUCACAUCGGUCGUCCUCCCGGCCUUGGAAGCAGCAAUGCACCGACGAAGCUACCAACUCUCCCUCUUGACGAAGAAGCACAACUCCUCUUCUAGUAGAAACAGCACCUCGGAGGCAGAUUUAUUGCUGAAGAAACAGACCCACGAGCAAAUCAGGAAAUGCAUGUCCAAGGUCGCCAAACUGUUCAAAGAGAUUGAUCACUGGGAUGCAGUGGCGCCUGUGGGUAUGGGAGAUGGAGUAGAAGGAGUGUUGGAGGGAUUCUUGGAGGAGGUCCUCUGUCGCGUUGAGGCGGAGGAUGCGUGA